CAUCAUUCCACAGUCGGCGGCGAAAGGGACCUCGGCCGCGCAGCCUGGGGCGGCGCCGAGCCCCGCAGCGGGGGGCCCACCCGGCCAUGGGUGAUCGCCGGGCGGCGCGCAGCUGCCGGGAUCCCUCAGGCCGGCAGCUCCCCAUGGGCAGCAGCAGGGCCUGCGUAGGCCUCCCGCUGUCGGUACUGGCGGAGAGAGGCCGCGCUGGCUGCCCGCCCCGCGCGCGCCCGGCCAAGGCGGAACCUUUGUGCGGGGCUGCCUGCUGUAGGGCCGGGGGAGGGAGUUAACAGGCACUCGCCGCCGGGGCCGGCUACUUGCUUCCUUCCUUCCUGCUGGCGCGCGCUGCCUGUGACCCGCCGCCUGGCUCGGGUAUUAAAUCAAAAUGGUUCAUGCUGAAGCCUUUUCUCGCCCCCUGAGUCGGAAUGAAGUUGUUGGUUUAAUUUUCCGUUUGACGAUAUUUGGUGCGGUAACUUAUUUUACCAUUAAAUGGAUGGUAGAUGCAAUUGAUCCAACCAGGAAGCAAAAAGUGGAAGCUCAGAAACAGGCAGAAAAACUAAUGAAGCAGAUUGGGGUGAAAAAUGUCAAGCUUACUGAAUAUGAAAUGAGCAUUGCCGCACAUCUAGUAGACCCUCUUAGCAUGCAUGUAACCUGGAGUGAUAUUGCAGGUUUAGAUGAUGUCAUUACAGAUCUGAAGGACACAGUCAUUUUACCUAUCAAGAAGAAACAUUUGUUUGAGAAUUCCAGACUCUUGCAGCCACCAAAAGGAGUACUUCUCUAUGGCCCUCCAGGUUGUGGUAAAACUCUGAUUGCCAAAGCUACAGCAAAGGAAGCAGGUUGUCGAUUUAUUAAUCUCCAGCCUUCAACAUUGACUGAUAAAUGGUAUGGGGAGUCUCAGAAACUGGCUGCUGCGGUCUUCUCCCUUGCUAUAAAACUCCAACCUUCCAUCAUUUUUAUCGAUGAAAUAGAUUCCUUUCUACGAAGCCGUUCAAGUUCUGAUCAUGAAGCUACAGCUAUGAUGAAAGCUCAGUUCAUGAGUCUGUGGGAUGGUCUGGACACUGACUAUAGUUGCCAAGUGAUAGUGAUGGGAGCUACCAAUCGCCCUCAGGAUCUUGACUCUGCCAUUAUGAGAAGAAUGCCUACGAGGUUUCACAUUAACCAACCAGCUCUGAAACAGAGAGAGGCGAUUUUGAAACUGAUUUUGAAAAAUGAAAAUGUGGAUAGGCACGUGGACCUCUUGCAAAUUGCUAAAGAAACAGAUGGGUUUUCAGGAAGUGAUUUGAAAGAAAUGUGUCGUGAUGCAGCACUCCUGUGCGUCAGGGAAUAUGUUAAUUCUACAUGUGAAGAAAGCCAUGAUGAAGAUGAAAUUCGGCCAGUGCAACAGCAGGAUCUGCACAGGGCAAUUGAGAAGAUGAGGAAGUCAAAAGAUGCAACACUUCAGAAUGUUUUGAUGCAUGUUAGUUUAGACUAAGACUAAACAGUGUGUUUGCAGUUUCUGAUGUGGCCUAAUUUGACUUGCGCUGUAAUCAGUUAGUUAAAAAAGGAAUGUGGGGGGAGGGAAAUCCCUUCAAUAAGGGAGUUAAAUGUUUCAUUUCUAGAGGGUUUUUAUACACUGAAUUCUAAAUUAUUGAAAGCUGUAGUCUUACAGAAAUAGAUGUGGUCCACAGUUCAUGAAGUGGAACAAUAUAGUCCAGUCCAAGAGUGAAUGCUUGUGUUUUGUCCAAUUACCAAUACGUUGUAGUGGCUUUAAAGUAGGUUCUAAUGUGAUGCACGUUUUUUGGGGGGAAGGGGAAAAUGAUUGAAUACCAGUUCAUGUAUAUAUGUAUGAACGUGUGUGUGUUUAUAUUAAAUGUAUAUAUCCACACAUUUUUUAUAUAUAGACAUAAUCUGUAGAUAAGUUGAAUAUGGAAACUUUUUUUACUUAAUUACUGAAUGAAAUUAAAUCAGAAGAUGUAUAGAUUAAAAGACUGCUGAAUUCAAUGCAUAUUUACCUUUUUUUCUUUUAGCAACUUAUACAAAAGGCAGAAAUUCUGUUUGAAUUGAGAUUUUAUUUUACAACUUUGAAGUAGUGGUGACUUUCACAUUGAUGUUUGACGUCUACAUGCAGUAGAGGUAGCAAACUAAUGCAUAAGUGUUUGAAUAUUUUUCAUUUUAUAAAAAAUCCUGCUAUUAGGCUCUCUUGUUUUAAAUGCUGUUUUUACAUUUUUCCUCUCUGAGUUGAGUAAAUACCCUUGCAAACUGGUCUUUCAUUAAACCCUCCAUGUUAUAAUUCCCUAAAAAA